UAACCGGAGCCGGAAAAACUCAGGUUACUACUAACCGGUGAAAGUCAUGUAUUAUUAAUUAUUAAUUAAAAUAAUAAUAAAUAUUUUUAAUGUUGUAGGAAAUAAUUAAAAUUGGAAUAAUAAAAACAAGAAAAAGUUAAAAUAAUUAAUAUUAAUUAAAAUUGGGAACAUUUAAACCAGGGUUUAGUGAUUACGGCUCUGUUUGGUGGAUCCUAUAAAGUAGCAAAGUUUCUCUAUAGACCACAACAGUUUGCUCUUUUUCUUCUCUGUGUAUUAUCUAUCUUACUUUCUCUUUCUCUUUUUUCCUUUCUUAAAUUUUCCCGGGAAUCUGAGAGAAAAUAUCAGAGACUACUGUAGUAGUGGUUAGUGAAAGAGUGAGUGAAGACAAUUUAUUCCUUCAUUUGCUUUGCUCUUACCUUUCCGGUUAAAGCUAUUCUCCCCCCCACGAACGAACCCAUCUUUCUUUCUUUCCCUUUUUCUUUUUCUCUUCAAACUUUUUUCCCAGAAAAUUUUCCAUUUUCAUCCAUUUCUCUCCUUUUUUGGUUCUCCAACUCUCUCAGUCUCUCUUCUCCCCAAAUCCACGCUCAGUUAUAGUAUAUAUAUAUAUCUCUGCUUUUCCGUACUCUGUGUAGUGUGUGUGGGUCUCUUUUCUCUCUCGUCACGCUUACUCUUCUCUCUCUCUCUUUCCCUUUUUCUGGGUGUGACUUUCCGUGAAAUUUCUCUUCCUUUAAUAAACCCCAAAACCCCAUAAACCACUGGUUUUCAUAGCUUUUAAUCUUUCCUUCUUCUUCUUCUUCUUUAUUUUUUUUUUAAUAUUCUCUUCUCGUGUCAAAUCUCAAAAGGAAUCUCUCUUCUUCGCUUUUCCACCAUUAUUUCAGUCUCACUUCGUUUUCAAAUGCCAUAACAACACAGCUUUGAGAAUCUAAACAAAAAAAAAAUAGAGAGAAGCUUCUCAAACAUGAAUCGAGGAGGUUCAGUAAUCAAGUUCACCGAGCACAAAAACCACACUAAGCUCACUACUCAAGAAAAAUCCAUUACCAAAACAUCGCCGGAAAUGGUCAUCAAGCGACCGAGAAUAGUGCGUGUUUCAGUCACAGACGGUAACGCCACCGAUUCUUCCAGCGACGAAGAGGAAUAUUUCAACAACAACAACAAUCGUCGCCAGAGAGUUAAGAAGUUCGUUAAUGAGAUUACGAUUGAGUCUUGUUCUACUGAUGAAACCAGUGCCGUUUGGAAGAGCAGAUCGUCGAGAAAUUCCAGGAACAAGAGGACGAGGGUUCCGGCGGUGAAUCAACGGAGUAUGAAGGCGGAAACGACGUCGUCUGUGGCGGCGAAAAAGUUUCGCGGUGUGAGACAAAGACCUUGGGGAAAAUGGGCGGCGGAGAUCAGAGAUCCUCUGAGACGUGUACGGCUCUGGUUAGGUACGUACGACACCGCAGAAGAAGCUGCCAUGGUUUACGACAACGCGGCUAUUCAGUUGCGUGGACCCGACGCGCUCACUAACUUCUCUACAGUACCGCCUGUACCGAAAAAUGUUGUUACGGAGAAUAUUAUUAAGCCGGCUGUUAGUUCCGGUUAUUACUCCGGCGAAGAGUCCAACAACAACAACCUCUGUUCUCCAACCUCUGUUCUUCGUUGUCCUUCUCCUUCGAUCGAAGAAGAAGCCGAGUCUUCUUCACCACCCUCGAAAGAAUCGCGAGAUAUCGGAGAAAUGCGAGAAGAUUCAUGUGUAUCGGAGAAUUUCUCGGAGUUUUCGGAGCAUUCAAGUUACGGUUCUUUCAUUCCAGACGAUAUUUUCGAUUUUCAUAGCUCGAUACCCGACUUUUUCGACGAGACGAGUUUACGAGACGGUAUUUUGGGUAAUGAUGAUUUCUCUGGUAUUUUUACCGAGACUUGUUGGGAUUUUGGUUUAUCGUCCAACAAAUCGUACCCGAUGGAUGAUUAUUUUCAAGAUAUCGGCGAUAUUUUCAGCUCAGAUCCUCUCGUUGCUCUAUGAAACAAUGUGAAAUGAAAAAAACAGUCAUUAUCUCUCGAUUUUUGGCAAAAUUUUGUAUCGGCGGGAAUCAAAAUAUCGGCUGUCUUUUUCUUUUUUUUUUUUCGCCUGUAAUUUUUUUUUAUUUUCUUCAAAUUUUGUUUGUAUUAGUUUUUAUUUAUUUUUUAACUAUAAAUAUUAGUGUUAAUUAAUGUAAGAAAAUCUCCGUCACACUAACGGUGAUGGACGAGUUUAAGUUUAAGCUAAAUUGUACGGUCUUUUGUUACUA